GCGAGGAGGAGGAGGAGCCGCCUUGGCCUGGCCCCGAGCUCGGCCCCGGGCCCGGGCCUACCCGCUGGGCGGCUGGAGGCUGCCCGACAUGGCGGGGGAACAGGAGAAGGAGCCGGCGGGGCCGGUGCACAAGCGGAAGACAGGUGCUAAUGGUGGUGGGACACAACUGAAGAGUCCGGAGAAGAAGAAGCGAAAGUCCAGUGCACAGGCAGCUCAGUUCUCGCACCUCUCCGAGUUUGCUCCUCCGCCCACCCCGAUGGUCGACCACCUCGUGGCCUCCAACCCUUUCGACGACGACUUCACCCCCCCGAAAGGGGCGGCCCCGUCUGGCCCAUUCUUCGGCAGCCCGGGCGCCUACGGGGGGUUCCGGCCACAGUCCUCCAUCCCGCCCCACCUGCAUCCGGCCUUCAGCCCCGGACCUCAGGCCAUGAGGCGCCAGCCGCCCCACCACUUCGCUCCGAAUCAGCUGGGCGGGGGUUUCGGCAUGCCGCAGAACCCGAACUUCAGCCAGCCAGGCGGCGUGAACUUCGGGAGCCCGCCCUUCAACCAGGGAAUCAACCAGACUUUCAGCCCGCCUCCUGGCCAGCCCCUUCACCCGGGACCCCCCAGCAUUGGUCCAGCUGCCAACUUCAACUCCAUGAUGCCCCCGGGCAUGGGCCAGCCUCCGAGGGGAGACGUGGUCCCAGGCGCCGGCCCGGCACUGAACCCAGCGGCCGGGCCCCCCAUGGGGCAGAAGUUCGUCCAGAUGCCCAGCCCCUUCAACCCGAAUCCGGCGCCCCGGCCCAACCAAAGCUUCGCCAAAGGCACCAGUCAGCCAAGCCUCCCACCGAACCCCAGCUCUUUCCCCAGUCCAGACCGGAGCUUCCCUCCGUCGGAGGAGGCCGCCAAGACUUUCAGCCGUCCCGGCAACACCUUCAACCAAGGGAGCGAGCACUCCGGCUCCCCGGCUGCUAUCAACGGCAACCAGGCGGGCUUUAACCAAAAUGCCGGCAGCCAGAACAGCAGCGCACCGGACGGCAAUAACUUCCCGGUGGCCGCCAGCAAGAACCCAUCGGGCCACCGACCAUCCUCCGAUCCAGUGUACCCCUGCGGCUUCUGCCUGAACGAGGUGAAUGACGACCAGGACGCCAUCCUGUGCGAGGCCUCCUGCCAGAAGUGGUUCCACCGGGAGUGCACCGGCAUGACGGAGACGGCCUACGGCCUGCUCACCACAGAGACCUCGGCGGUGUGGGCUUGCGACUUCUGCCUGAAGAGCAAGGAGAUCCAGUCGGUGUACCUGCGGGAGAACCUGGGUCAGCCAGUCGUGAGCGAUGGCUGAGAGCGUCCGCCAGCGAAGGGGAGCCUGCCUUCGGUUGCCGACUCUCGGCCCCGUCUGGGGAAGGAAGGGGAUCUCGAUCAGGUUCCGGUGCACUUGCCUUUUUGUCACAACAGAGGAAAGCAAGUACGCUCUGCUCCCAGUGGGAAUGGGCCCCCUACUUUAGGGUAGCAAACUUAAAAAAAACUCUGGGGAGUGUCCAUCGUUCUGUGUGUCCGGUUAGGGAUUUUGUGUGGGGGGCGGGGUGGGGAGGGUGUGGGGGGGAGAGAAAAACGGUCUUUUUGUUUUGUUCUCGGGGGCAUGUGGAAGGAGUCUCUCCCCCCGCCCUCCCUCGCGCACAGCAAGCUGGCUUCCCAAAGGGUGAGAGUACUCAAGUGAGAGCAGAACGGUGUGAGCACAGUCUUGUGGGGUGCGAUGCCUUGGGUUUGGCAGGGGAGGGUGGAAGUAGGUCCACAAAUAUCCGUUUGAAUAAAGUGUGACACGAUGGACAGUGGGGGGUGGAUGCCAAUUGAAAGAUGCGUGUUUGCAAGUUGAACACCGUGUAUUAAUUAAUGUGCUGUGAUAUGAAAUGUUACAAGUGAACAAGGUAGGCAAGCACCUACAUGAACCUCUCACUGUGCUGGGCCCAUUUGGAUUCUGGUGUUGCUAUGAGCCCCCUCCCCCAAAGACCACUUAUAAAUGGUUCAGACAAUGUCCAGGUUAGAUUGCAGGCAUCAUUUAACUCUGAAUUCCACCCCACCCCCCAACGCAGAGUUCGUUCUCCCUGGGUGACAGAUCACGGUGACAUUACAGAAUCUUUGGGGUAUGCAGCAGCCACUGGGAGACUCUUCCUUUCCUGCCUCUCUCGCUCUCUGGCUCACAAGAGUCCUUGACCUGCGUUCAGUCUUACGGGAAUGUAAAUGACUUCACGGGAACCUGUAUUCUGAGCAGCUCUGUUUAAAAGUUUUUAUUUUUGAAUUCUGUAAGAUGUGGACUACCUGACCUUGGGUGGGUGGUGCUUGCCCUCCCUCUGAGGAGAAAUGUUACUUUCACACAAUCUUCUCUUUGUCCCUCCUUCCCCAGGCAGUGCUUUACUUUGGGGAGGGGGAGGGGUGGGGGAGGUUGAAGAACACCAGCACUGCAGGCACUGGCUCACACCCUGUACCUGACAGUGUUUGUCACUCCGGGGCUGCCGAUAUCACUGUGGCCGGCGGGGAGAAUCCUGCAACUCUUACUGUCCUCCACCCCGUGAAAGGUGCCAGGGACUCAACAGGUUGGGAUCGGGGGGUUCACUUGUGUUGAAACCGUGUGAUCCCUCCUGUUAGCAAGGGAGCAAACUGCCAUUUGAACCUAUAGUGAAACUGAGCCUGGGGUGAGAUUACAGGCAAAUGACCACGGUACUAGAAGUAUAGCUCCCUAAAACGGGGCCUUUGGGUGCUGGGGAGGGCUGUUACAUUGUACUGCCUGCAGUUUUCCAUAAUCGGAAAUGGGCAGUGUGUUGGGAGCAAUUGUGGGGGGGUUUCUGGUGCAUCCCAGCACCGAUGGUCAUUCUGGUUCCCUGACUGCCCCCUGCUUGCACAACUGCAGCCUGUGUGACUUCUGUGUAAGGCCCGGGGGAGCUGCCUGCAGUUGCAGGGCACAAGGAUGUCAGGGCAGCAUUUGCAAGUUCUGUGAGAGCGGGGGAAGCACAGGGUGGCGAUCUGCAGCCGUAACUGAGAAAUGAUGCAGUUAUUUUUAUAAAUAGGGGAUGGCUUCAAAUUAAUCCAGAAACCAAAGGUUCUGCAUUUAAACCAGUUUCAUGUGUUUGCACUCUUUACUAUCACCAACAUUUCCCUGCAGUCUUGAGUGGGUUAGUUAUGCUGGGAUAUAAUCCUGCUUUAACCUGCCAUCGAGGUGUGGUGGCUUUGUGUGAUGAACUGGCCUUUGAAUUCAGUUGUGCUAUAUUUUUUGUUUGUGACGGUGGUGAACCUGGCAUUGGCUUCUCUCAAGACUACCUCAUUGUGACUGGGGGGAAAAUGCAUUGAUUGAUUUUUAAUGCACACUGCUGUCUUUUUUAUAAAAGUAUUUUUUGGUACAGAAUUCAUUUCGGUGGCACUUAAUUCUGAUCCUCCUUAGGCAAACAACGUGUAUAAUAUAGUGUGUAUUUUAUCAUAUGAUUAAUGUACUGGAUAUGUAUCAGUUGUGCUAUUGCAAUCCUUAUUUCUUCCCUCCAGCGGUUUAUGGAAAGUUGACUGUCAGUACUUGGUUUUGGUCCUGUGUUUACGGUUAGUUGGGCAAGGUGAUGUUUCUUCAGCAACGUGUGGGGCCCCAUAUUCAGCUCAGAAAGGCUCCUUGGGUCUAAGCUCCAUUGACCGAGCAGAAUAUUACAGUUUUGAGUACUUUCCCUGUACCUGUUUGUGUGUUGCACUAUCUUUCUGCUUUUUCCCUCUACCCCCAGCUGGAAUGUACAUACACAACUACUGGUUGACAAUUUCCAGGGACUACUGGUGUCUUGAGCUGACGGUUACCCAUCAGAGGCAAAGAUACUGACCACAACCUUUCCAACCCCCCCUGCUCUGUAAAACUCGAUGGAAGAAAGUAGCAAGGAACGAGACAGCCGAGGAAGGUUCCAUCUUCGGUCUGGGGCAGUUGUUGGGGUGCUGGGGGGGGAGGGGGGAGUAGGCAGCUGUUGGAGGCAGCCAAUUAAGUGCUGUGUCCGUGAGGUUAUGAACAAACAUUAACCUUUCACCCCUAGGGGUGCAUCUGUGGGAGAGAAAGUAUUUGAAGCAGCUAAAACUGUUGACCCUGGGUAAUGGUGUUGGACACCAGCUGGAGGGAUCAAGGAUCUUGCUGGAAUGGUCUGGCUUUUCCUAAUGUGUCUCUGUUCCCAUGUGAAAUAAGCCAGCGACUUGUUACUAAAUAGGGCUUAAACUUUGGCACUCAUUCGUGUGACUGGUUCACCAGCUGUGAGCUGUGCACUUCCCAACAGAAGCAGUGCGAAUAUCCAGUGACAGCUAAUCUUUUAAUCUGCCCUGUCGCUGUGAUAAAUGGAAAAUUAAAUCACAGUUCAGUGACAGAAGUGGCUCCUGGGGAUGUGCCGGUGAUGGCAUCGGACACGCUGACAAUUCUGGGUGGUACUAGUUUGGAAAGAGUUCCAACACAACUCCAGUCCUCUGGUCACUUGGGAACGUGGGGUCGUAGGAGUGCGACUGAAAUGAUCCUGUCACUGAGUUCUCCCCCCCGAUGCUGGAACCUCUCACAAGUUGUGCAGUAAGCCUAGCAGGUACUGAAUGGGUAGGUCCUGAACGAUACCAAACCCUUUGUUUUUCUGUGUGAACUGUGAGAAUGCAAAAAGAAUCUUGUCUCGUUGGGGGGGUGAAGAAAACCUGUGUUUCUAGUUAGGCAGCAAUAUCCUCGCUUUUAAGGGAAGCCAACUGAAGGGCUGUUAGAUUAACAGCAUUCCUUCACCCUCUGCUUCCUGAGUACUGCUGCACUAACGACUUUUCUGUGGACUGGUAUUGAACUGGUACCUCCUUGCUGCGUAAGUAUUGCAAGGUGACUGCACACGCUUGUACCCAUUGCAUUAGUUUCUCUUGACAGUGUGAUCAAGGCACACUCCAUUGUUCUGUCUGUCUUCCUCCUCUCCCUCUGCAUGACCUGGGGUAACAUCCAGCUGUGCCAAGCAGAAGGUAUCGGGCUGGACUUGCAGUUUGAGCAGUUAUCUGAUCUCCUGCAACCCCCCCCCCUACCCCAUUGGAAAAAUCCCAUUUUAGUGGAAAGACUGAGAUUCAUUUUAGUGUUACUGGCGCUGCACGUUGCAGAGUGUUUGUGGAGAGAGAGAGAGAGAGAGAGAGAGAGAUCCUGGUGCAAAGGCUAAUUCUGGUUCCCCAACUUGUGAAAGGAUGCCAACAGAACAGUUGUACUGAAGAGGUGUUAUAAUAUGUUCUGACUCCGCUUAUGGCGUGUAGGACCAUUAUUUGUACACUCUAUUCUCGAAGCGGGUUGAGUCGGUACUGUAAGGAAGGGCAUGUAUCUUUUAACAGAUCCUUUGUUCGUACUUAUAAACUACAAUUUGGAUCAUGAGUUUCCCGUGGACUUUCUGCCUCUAGAAUUUCUUGAUUUUGUUGAAUUUUUGUCCACUAAACACUUUGGGAAAUGAUCACCCCAGUUGGGUUAAAACAUGGGUGGUGCCUGGAGAGAGUGAGCUGGGGCUGCAGUGAAAGCCCACUCGAUACCAGUGGGAGCAACCAGUUAUUUUAUUGUGUGAUGUUUAAGUGCCAAUUCAGAAUACUUCUAAAACUGACCUUGCGCGCAUGUCAUCUCUGUCAAACGUGUGUUUUGACAACUUUAAAGAUAAAUUGCUUUGUGCGUGUUUGUAACGGAGUUGUCCAGUUGUAAUUCUACACUCCCACCUCCAGUGCUACAGCAGCACUAUCUACGUUUCACUUACCCUCUGGGUUAAAGCUCCCCCAUCCCAACAAACAACUCCGUGCUCUAUGGUUUCCUAUUGAUCUACAAUCUGAGCAGAAUGAGUUUGGCAUUAGAUGAAUAUUCCCGUGUGAAUGACCUUCACUUUCCUUGUUUAAUUGUGCAAGAGAGCACCUGGUACCACACUUGGCAUUUAUUUACUGCUUUUUAUGUCGAUGACUAUCUCCUGGUGCUUUCCAGAAUGGUUAUUAGAAUGGAUAAGGGACACUGAAGUAAUUGGUUGGUCAUUCAGAGGCCUGGUUUCACAAAGGGUGUUGGACAGUAGAAAAGAGGUUUAUCAGGGGCGGGGGGGGGGGGGAGGUUCCCAAGUUUAUGGACUAGUCAGUGUCUGGUGAUGCCAGUGGGGUCCCGCAAUUGGAGGACAACGAGGUCCCAUGUGGCUGGGGGAAGUCACAGAAGGGAGUUUGAUCAUGAAUGGAUUUAGCAUUGUAGUGACUCCCAACAGGACUGUGCUGAAAGAUGCAUUAGCUCUGUCCACAGUGAAGACUGGGAUGGGUGAGAGGGAACUAUAUAUGCUGCUCAUUUCUAGGUUUCCAAUCUGAACUUCUGGGGUUGGGAAGUAAUUGUUCAUCGGUGGAGGUGUUGCUUGUCUGCAGUGUACGUGUUAACUGGAUCAGAAACUAGUUUCGCUCUCCAUUCCAAGGAGACGUUGCAGUAACUAAGAAACUGAAGAUUCCCAACACUAUUUAAGAUGCAAUUUGUGCCAUUUUUAAGGGAAAUAUACAGUAAUGAACCUAUAUGAAGAGUUUUGUAGCUUAAAGGUUUGACAACAUUAAUCUGCAGUCACAGGUGUAGGGAAGAGCCUUUUAAUUUAAAACAUUGGGUGUUGCAAAUUGGGGAGAUCAGUACAAAGUUGCCCAUCCCCACAACCAGGUAUUGCCUGCUUCUGGGAUUCAGGAGCACUGAGAUGUAGUUAGUGAAGGGUUAAGUGCAGCUGGCAGUGUAAGGAGUUGGUCAAAGCAGAUGCUACAAGAAUUGCAGGGAGGUGACUUUACCCCAGAGCAAAACCUUUGACGUUCUGGAUAACAGAGACCCUUCUCGCCAGACAGGGGAUGGGUUGCGUUAUCCCUGCUCCUGAGACAUCCUUGUGCGGGGAAUCGGGGAUUGCUCGGGGCUUGUUUCCCUAUUGCUAAGUGUUUCAUGAGAAGGCGCUGUUGAACUUGAUGCCACGGGGGUUUGGGCCAUCUGAGGACAGUCUUGUUUCAACCACAUAUUGGUGUUGAAUCAGGGUUACAUCUGAUCUUCAGGUUUUCACUGAAGGACCACAGACCACAGCCACCCACCAGCUCUUUAUACCUCUAGACUCCAGACUGUCCUGCCACACCAGGAGUUGGUCUUAUAAAUCCAGUGAUGGAGCCACCCUGGGACAGAAGGUUGGCACAGUGCCCUGUGUUUGGUUGGGAAGUUUAAGACCCCAGAGAGAUUGCUACCCGCUUCAGUUUUCUCUUAACUUCCCACGCCUUGUGAAGUUGGAGUUCAGUUUUCCCAAGCGGUUUCUGGUCUAUAAAAUAUCCCGAGGGUCGGAAGGCAAGUUAUCUGACUUCCACCUCCCCACCCCGACAACCAGUCCCCAGUCCGAGAUUCCGUUGAAUCUGUCUCCAUUUACCUUACAGGCAGCACGUUCCAAGUGCAUUUUGAAAGAUCAGGGACAAGACAAAAUGAGAUUUGCCUGCUGGUGGGUGCCUGUUACUUGUUUUAUACCCUUCAUUUCCCCCCGGUUUUGAAACCAUCAUUUGAUUCCUGCCACAUAAGUAGCUCAGAAUCAGAGUGCCCGAGACAAGGUCAGUUUGACAUAAUCCUGUGUAGAUAACAUGAAGAAGCUCUUAACGUUUGUCCAACUGAUCCAAACCAAAUGCCAGUGUAAAACUGGAGCUUUGAGAGCGACACGGAGAUCUAAUUCCCUGACAAUAGUAGAACAGUUAACACUGUUCUGUGAACAUCAACCAACCAAUAGGCAAAGGAAUUACAAUCUAAGUACUGACACAGACAUGGCUUGGGUAAAGACUGCAGAUUCUCUGUGUACACCCCCCCCACUCCCCCCCUUCUCUCUUGCAGUUACUUUAAAAGGUCAAUGCUUGGCACAUGACUAUUCAGUGUAAAUUUUAGGCAGUGGAUGGUGGGAUGUAGAGUGUAAACAUUUGUUAACUUGGUAUUACAAAUGACUAUGUAUUGCAGAAGUCUGUACAGAACAUUGCAUUUUUAGCAUUUUGUCAAUUUUUUUCAGGAUUUUAAAUAAAAACUACCGUCAGGUA